GCUGCGAGCCGCGCAUGCGCGGCUCGUCCACGCCUUGGUCGUGUGAGGGACCGCGCACCGGGGUAUCCGGUUGCCGCAGCAGUGUGGUCCGCAGUGUGUUAUCACUCACGGGAUGCUGUUUCUGGCGUUGGGCGGCCCGUGGGCUGCCGGAUUGCGCCUCGGCGGGAAGAGGACGGUGCCGUGGGCGGCCACCAUGCUCCGAAUCCCCAGGGCGGCCGUCUCGCGGGCGGCCUCUUGCAGCCGCUCUUCGGGGCUGUGGGGAGCCGCGUCGCUUCUGCCGUGUCGGGUGCGAGCGCAGAUACCUGUUUGUUGGGAAAGAUGUGUUCGAUGUUUACACACACAGCUUGAAAACCCAGAAGAUGGAAGGCUGAUUUAUACUGGGAAUCUGGCCCGAACAGUGUUUGGUGUGAAGUGUUUCUCUUACUCUACCAGUGUGAUCAGCCUUGUGUUUCUACCAUACAUUUUUGCACAAAAUAAUAUGCUGUUUGGAAAUCUGCCUUUGCAGAUCUUAUUUUAUGGCAUCAUAGGAAGCUUUACAGUGAUCACUCCAGCACUGCUUCACUUUCUUACAAAAGGCUAUGUCAUUCGGUUGUACCAUGAGGCCACAACAGACACUUACAAAGCCAUCACUUACAGUGUUGUCCUUUCAGAAAAAAGUACAGUGUUUCACCAGAACGAUGUGAAGGUUCCGAACAGCACACAUGUGUUUACCACAUUUUACGCUAAAACAAAAUCACUGUUGGUUAAUCCAGCGCUCUUUCCAAACCCUAAAGACUAUGACCAUCUAAUGGGCUAUGACAAACCAUUCACUUUUGAUAUGGAAGAAGACAGUGAAAAGAAACAGCUUAAAGAAGACAAAUGAAUCUGUUGUUUUUGUGUAUAUACUCAGAUGUUAUUUAUGUUCAAUGUGUAAUUACAUUGCUUUUACUUUUGAUUUCUGUUAGUGACUGUUAAAAAUAACUUGGGCAUGCUCUUGUGGUGCAGUGGGCUGAGGAUCCGGUGAUGUCAGUUCAGCAACUCGGGUUUGAUCCUUGGCCUGGGAGCUUCCACAUGCCACAGGCACAGCCAGAAAUAAUAAUUUGGAACUUUAUCAAACAACUUUUAAUUUUCAAAGAAUUAUCUUCCUUUAUAAUAAAAUAUUUGAAAA